AUGUCGACCAGAGUCACUCGCUCCUCCGCGAGACGUUCGGCGGGUACAGCGAAUCCAAACGAACCCACCUCCCCCGACACUCAGCUCCCAUCCCACCCUCCACCUCCCACUUCCGUCCGCAAACGAAAGGUUGCUGCUCGAGGGUCAAGCCCCGAACAGCCCGCAGAUAACGAACCGGCCCCGCCAACUCGCGGUGGCCGUGCUAAGCGCACGAGACUGGAAGCUCAGGAUAACUCUACAGCUCCGACCCCGGCCAGCUCGAAGAAGGGAAAAGCAAAAUCGGCAAUGUCAGAUAACGGGCCAUCAGAGCCCAUUGAGGACAAAUCUACACCACAGGCCGAGGCAUCCUCAUCACGACGAGGCAAGACUGGGCGUAGAGGGGCCCAUGUACCUGCAUAUCUCAGGCGCCAGUCCAAAUCUGCGAAUGUCGCUGGUGAUGCAGAUAGUCCCAGCGGAAAUCGACCCUCCUCCUCUCGUCGAGCUCCACGCAAGGCCACUCCCCCAAUCGAUGACGAUGACGAUGACGAAGACGUGACCAUGGAAGAGGCACCAGCCGCGAGGAAGGAAGGCGAUCGGCGACAUUCCAACUCUGAUAUCGGCUCCGGACGGCCAAGUAUGAGUGAGGGCAGCGCUGAGGGACUGGGGGAUAGAUUCGACGAGGACGACGAGGACGAGGAUGAAGAUGACGAUGAUGACGACGACGAUGACGGGUUCGUGGGUAGCUUUCUCGGACGCGGUUCCGCACAGUUGGCUGCCCUUCGAGCCAUCACUGGACAGCUAUCAGGCCAAAGCACCCGGCUACGCAACAUCCUCGAACAGCUCAAGACCAGGGAUCCGUCUAUGCAACUCAUUGCCCUCCAGGACCUUUCUGAACUGCUGCUCAUGGCCACCGAGGACACAUUGGCGGGCAGCUUUUCUCCCGAUCCGUUUGUGAAGGAACUGGUGGAGCUCAUGAAUCCGAGUCCUUUUGGCGAGGAAAACCCCGAAAUGAUGCUUCUUGCGUGCAGGUGCCUCGCAAACAUGAUGGAAGCGCUUCCUCAAUCGACCGCCAACGUGGUAUACGGCGGCGCGGUCCCCGUCUUGUGUUCGAAACUCCUCGAGAUUAGCUUCAUUGAUUUGGCCGAACAAUGCCUGAGCACGCUCGAGAAGAUCUCGGUGGAAUUUCCGUCUGCAAUCGUUCGCGAAGGCGGUUUGACUGCCUGCUUGACAUUUCUCGACUUCUUCGCCACCAGUACACAGAGGACAGCUGUCACGACUGCUGCAAACUGCUGUCGGAAUAUUCCUGAGGAGUCGUUCCCCACGGUCCGGGAUGUGAUGCCUAUUCUCAAGGAUAUUCUGAAUAAUAACGACCAGAAGGUGGUCGAGCAAGGCUGCAUCUGUGUAUCGAGGAUUGUCCAAAGUUUCAAGCACUACGAGGCCAAACUUGAAGAGCUUGUUAGCCCGGAGCUGCUGCACGCUAUCUUGCGACUGCUUCUUCCAGGAACCACAAAUCUCAUUGGCCCCAAUAUCCAUACCAUGUUUCUUCAAGUUCUUGCGUACACGGCGAAGGCAAGCCCUAGACUUUCAGCCGAACUUUUCAAGAUGAACGUCGUGGAUACCUUGUACCAGAUUCUUACAGGCGUGUCUCCUCCGACUGGUACAGAGGAUGUCGGAACCAAGAUUGAUAGUGUAGUCAUCAUGCAAGCCCUCAUUCACCGGCCCAAGGAACAGGUCUUCGAAACUCUCAACGUAAUUUGUGAGCUCCUUCCCGACGUUUCGACUGAAGGGUUGCAUUAUGUUCAAGAUCUGGUCGAUGCAGGAUACCCUGGAGAGCAUCCUCGGCCACUUUCUGCCCGUCCUAGGAAGCCCUCAAACACAGACCGAAUCGAACUUCUCGAGGGCUGCAAGAAUGAGGUCAAGCGCUUUGCUGUCAUCUUGCUGCCGACCCUUACCGAUGUCUAUUCGAGCACUGUCAAUCUUAGUGUUCGUCAGAAGGUCCUGACCGCGCAAUUGAAGAUGCUCUCGAAUCUUGAUGUAGAUAUUCUAGAGGAAGCACUACGGCCGGUACCGUAUGCAUCUUAUCUGGCUUCCAUCUUCUCCCAGCGAGAUCACCCAACACUGGUCACCUACGCAUUACAGGCUGCCGAGCUCCUGUUAACGCGCCUCGAAUCAAUCUAUCGGUACCAGUUCUACCGCGAGGGUGUAAUCUCCGAGAUAUCCCAGUUAGCAGACCGCCCUUGCAAAACUCCAGAGUCGCCCUCAAAGAGUUCAAAGUCUGCCAUCGAUGUAGUACCUGCAUCGACAUCAAGCGCUGGCGGCAGUUCCGCAGGUGAUGCAGAAGUAGACCACGACGUUGGUGAAGAGAUUGAUGUCGAUGUCCACUCUGAAGAUGAAGAUCACAAUGACCACGACGAUGAGGACCAGCACGACCAUCACGAUCAUGACGAUGAUGGCGAGGACGACGAUUCUGAUUCCGACUCCUCUUCUGACCGUUUCGCGCGUCCGCCGGUCUCUGACUUUGACGACAUCAUCACUCAUCGAGCGAAGAAGUUCAUCGAGAUCCACGAGCAAGAAAGUGCCAAAGCAGUGCGAGAGAAAGCCUCGGCUAUCUUGAUCGACCUCAAGACUCUCGCACAAGAGAUCAAGUCCUGUGUUCUCGACAAUGGACCAGGAAGCUAUGGAGACCUUUUCAGCAAACUCGCCCGCUAUUUCGAAGGCGAUGCCCUAGAAAGUAUCACCAGUUAUGAGCUCAUGACUUCGGGUGUCGUCGAGAUCCUGUUGGAGGUUUUCUCCGCUCCCUCCAUGGUGGAGAAUAGCGACGUUCGGUCGGCCUUCCUAGAAACGUUCAUGGGCGUAAGCAACCAAAAGAAGAUCAAGACUGCCAGUAGCAAUUCUCCUGCGACAGCGUUUAGCGUUCUUGUAUCGAAACUGCAAGAUCUCCUCAGCCGCGCAGAACAUUUCGAGGUCAUUACUGUACACCAGCAUUCAUACGACAGCCGGGGAAGCGCAACGUCGAUGCUGGCAAAACAGCUCCGCCUUAAGCUGGUGGCGGAUGAGGACUCGGGCAUACCCAAGGCUUAUCGCAGUAUCAUGGUUUCUAUUCAUGCUAUAGCUACUUUUAAAGCCUUAGAUGACUACCUUCGACCGCGGAUCAGUAUUGCUGAGCGUCCUGUUCCACGCGGUUUCAGGAACACAGAUCGUAUCGCUGCGUAUGCUGCAGCGCUCGCAGAAGGCCGCAGCCCUGUUCCUCCCCCGCCACAUACACCCAACGAAACAACGAACAGGCCAUCAUCUAGGAGGACACCAAAGCCUAAAUCGUCUGGCGACCCCACAACACCUCAGGCAGGAUCAAGCACGGCAGCGCCUGAGAAGCCCCGACGCUCAAGCCGACGACAACAGACCCAGCCUCCCCCACCACCACCGCCGCCCCCAGCUCUCGAGCGGACCAACAGUGGGCAAGAGCCGGUAGAGUGCAAUGAUGAGGAACGCCUCUCUGACCAAGAUUCCCUAGACGAAACAAGUGCACUUGAUGCAAUUGUAGAUGAUCUUGAGGACGAUUUGGAUGAGGACGCUCCCGAUCCUUCAGCUGUGAGCGUUGAGGUUGCAUCAACUGGAAAGCUGGAAGCAAGGAAAGAGGAUGGUACCAGAGUUGCAACUCCUGUUCAGGGCCAGACGCCAGGGCGGAUUCCCCCUCAACGACAUUCUCCAGGGCAAAGUCUUUCGUCCUUCCUCCGCAGCUCCGCACUGCAGCAGGCCCUCGGCGGCUCUGGUGGCGCUCUCUCUUACGCGGCAGCAAUCCAGUCUAUCCCUCAAGACUGGCACAUCGAAUUCAGCGGGAACGACCAGCCAAUUCCAAACGAUACCACAAUCUAUCGCGCUGUUCAUUUCAACCAAGCUCAAUCGAGCGAGACCUCCCACCGGACGGUCUGGAAUGCAGUCCAUACGAUCAAGUUCAAGCGAGUUCCUGGACCGCCACCCGCAGAAAGCAAGUCUCUGACGCCUCCACCGGAAUCCAUUAAGGAUGAUGAAUCCGGUAUGCCCGUCUCACUGAGCAAGAAUCCCAUCACAUCGGGCAUUCUUCGACUGCUCAGCAUCUUGCACGAUCUCAACUCAAAUCUUGACGAUGUCUUGUCGGACAACAAAGAACAGAUUAAACUAAACGUAGAGCCGUUAUCGCAAUUCGUCAACACCAAGCUCACAGCCAAACUCAACCGCCAAUUGGAGGAACCCUUGAUUGUGGCGAGCAACUGUUUGCCAAGCUGGAGUGAGGAUUUAGCACGCCUAUAUCCUUUCCUCUUCCCAUUUGAGACCCGCCAUCUAUUCCUCCAGUCCACAUCGUUUGGUUACUCUCGAUCGAUGACACGCUGGCAGAAUUCACAGCCAGCGAACGAUUCCCGACAUGAUCGCCACCGUGAUGAACGUCCCUUCCUCGGACGCCUCCAGCGACAGAAAGUACGCAUAUCUAGGUCCCGCAUUCUGGAGUCAGCUGUGAAGGUAAUGGAGCUCUACGGAAGCUCCCCUAGCAUCCUCGAGGUUGAGUAUUUCGAAGAGGUCGGCACUGGAUUGGGGCCCACACUAGAGUUCUACUCGACUGUUUCAAAGGAAUUCUCGAAGAAGAAACUCAAACUAUGGCGAGAAAACGAGUCAAAUGAGACCGAUGAGUAUGCCUUUGGAAAGCGUGGAUUGUUCCCAGCUCCAAUGAGCGUGGAGCAAGCUGAAACAGAGAACGGCAAGAAGGUCCUCCACCUGUUUAAGAUGCUUGGCAAGUUUGUUGCCCGUUCUAUGCUCGAUUCUCGGAUCAUCGACAUCUCCUUCAACUCGACUUUCUUCCGCAUAGGCGAUGGUAGCACCGCCGUCCCGCCGUCUCUUGGUUCGGUGAAGUCUGUCGACUAUGACCUCGCCAAAUCUCUCAAGCUCCUGAAGAAGUUCGCCAUCGAAAAGAAGCGGAUCAACGAAGACGGCUCUUUGGAUCCAACGCAGAAAGUGGACGCUCUCCAAAGUAUUGAGAUAGACGGCGUCCACGUUGAGGACCUUGGAUUAGACUUUACCCUUCCCGGCUACGCCAUCGAUCUUGUCGAGAAGGGAUCUGAGAAGAACGUGACGAUUGACAACGUUGACCUCUACGUUGAGAAGGUCAUAGAGUUCACGCUCGGCUCGGGAGUGCAACGUCAGGUAGAUGCCUUCCGGUCUGGCUUUUCGCAGGUCUUCCCGUACUCGGCACUGAGUGCGUUCACGCCAGACGAGCUUGUCAUGCUCUUCGGACGAGUGGAUGAAGAUUGGUCAUUGGAAACACUUAUGGACUCCAUCAAAGCGGAUCAUGGGUUCAACCUGGACAGCAAGAGCGUCCGCAACCUGCUCCAGACGAUGAGUGAGCUCACCGACCCGCAAAGACGGGACUUCCUUCAGUUCAUCACCGGCAGCCCCAAGCUUCCCAUUGGAGGUUUCAAGAGCCUCACACCCAUGUUUACGGUUGUUUGCAAACCAAGCGAACCGCCAUACACGUCCGAUGACUACCUUCCGAGUGUCAUGACGUGCGUUAAUUAUCUCAAGAUGCCAGACUAUAGCUCGAUGGAUGUUCUUAGAGAAAAGCUCAAUGUUGCCAUCCAGGAAGGGCAGGGAGCCUUCCACCUUUCUUAA